AAAAAAGAAAGAAAAGAAAAGAUAAACGUUUCUAAACAUUUUUGCCAGUUAAUAUAAAGUGAAUCUUCGUUUGGGUCGAAUGGGACACCUUGUAUAAGAAUCACAAAUGCUGAUGCGAAGUAAAUAGUGAAAGAGGGAGCGAGAGAAAGGAAGAAAGAUAGAGAGGGAAAGUCAGAAGGCAACGCGAGAGAGUGGGAAAAGACCUUCGUAAGAGAGAACUCGGAUUCGUAUUCCACCAGUCGGAUGCCAUCUACGUUGGAAACGCCUUCUGUCCUGCAAAAGUAAAAGUUUUUUUUUUUUGUUUAAAAAGAAAGAAAAGAAAAAAGGAAAAGAGAUCAUCGACGAUCGCCAUUGUCAUCAUGAAAAGUUAUCUCCUUCUCUUUGGUAUUUUCCUACUGAUCGAUCGUCCGAUCGAUGGUCUAAACAUCGAUCCAUCCGUGCCAUGUCACAAAGAUACCGAUUGUUCCCUAUUUUCGAAAGAUCAGAAGAAUUCGACGUGUCAGCAAGGAUUCUGCGCUUGUGAAAACGAGCAAGGACAAAUAAAAAAUUGUUCCAGGUUACAAUUAGCUACUCAGCAAGAAAAGCCAGCCGUAUCGGCGAUUUAUCACACGUGCAAGCACGAGGUAGACUGCAAGUUAAAUAAUAGUUUUUGCAAUACAAGUCGAAGUCAGUGCGAAUGCAUUAAAGGCUAUGUGUCUUCGACGGAUCAGCAGCAAUGCCUUCAAGUGGCUAAAUCCUUGAAUUUUUCCUGUACGGAGGAUAAGCAGUGUUUGAUAUUUCAAGCGAAUACGACCUGUCUACGACAACAAUGCGUUUGCAUCGAUGGGUAUCACGCGGUGAACAAUGUUUGCUGGAAGACCACCGUUUUUGGCGAUCUAUGCUCGAAAUCGGAGGAGUGCUAUCACAUAAGGGGAGCCUUUUGUACGGAUAAGAAGACUUGUGGGUGUAACGAGAAAGCCGCGAUCGAUAAGUCGGGAAAAAAUUGUAUUCCUUACGCGGACACCAUCGACGAACAUUGCACAGAGAAUGGCAUGUGUUCUACGAUCCCUGGCUCGAUCUGCCUUGAGAAUAAAUGUCAGUGCCCAAAGAACAAACAUUUCGUGAAGGAACUCGGACAAUGCAUCGUUAGCAGAGGCAUCGGCGAGCCUUGCCAGUACGAUUACGAUUGUUACCUGGAUGAAAAUUAUACGAAUAUGGAAAGAAAUGGGUUUGUAUGCGUUGGCAGCUUGUGCGAUUGCGCGAUAGAUUAUUUUAUAAACGGAGACAAGUGCAUUAACGCAGGCGUUCUUACGAGUUUCGAUUCCUCUCUCAUCGCGAUCGUACUCUCGACGAUCAUUUACGGCUUUUACCUUCUAAUAGAUAACUAAACAUAAUUCAUUUUUCCUCGAAAGAAGAAGGUUAAAAUGAAUUUGCGGAUAGAGUGUCCAAGUACUUAAUUAUUUUAAUUUUCUUUACUCACCGACGUACGUGGCUAUACGAACGAAGUAGAAGAAAUUGUGGAGAAAGAAGUCGUUUGUUAUGCGUAAAAGAAAGAUAAAAAGAGAGGAAGCCUAUAUGCAGAAAUGGCGAAAGAUUUGAAAAAUGUGCGGCGAGUAUCGAAGCAUUUCGUAAUCGUCAUCGACAAUUUUUAACUUCCCUUAAUUCUUCAGCUAUUGUUCGAUUUCGAUUAAACGCUAUUAAAACUUAUCUUUAUCUUUUAUCGGUAUUAAAAGAAUAACGUGAUACCAAAGAAAAAAUUUCGAGUGGGAAGAAACUCUCGUUAUUACUCUUCCUCUUUUUAUUUCUUUUUGUUUCUUAUGUUUUCUUUUUUUUCUUUCGUUUUUUCGUUUUUUCCCCCCAUCGUUGCCUUCAAAGAAAGCAAUAGAGAAAGGUUUUUGUAUUUUAUUCAGAGAGUAUUAUGCGUUUUAUAUUAUGGUUAUUAUGCAUAUACAUAUAUAUAUAAGUUUAUAUGUAGAAAGACAAAUUGUUUACAGAGUGCUUUUAUAAAACUUUAUCAGAGCUUGAUUUUUCUACGAAA